AAAAAUAAAAUGGGUUUUGCGAAACUAAUAUAAAGCACAGUAAGAGGUUUGAGAGAGUCCUUUCACCGAACUCUCUCCUUUUUCCAAUCAAUUAUCUUUUGAAGAUCGUUCAUCGAUUCUAGGGUUUCCAUUUAGUCUUUUCUCUCUCAAAUCAGAUUUUGGUUUUAAAGAUGAGGAUGAACAACGAAGGGAAGACGAUUGACUUAGAGCAGGGAUGGGAUUUUAUUCAGAAAGGGAUUAUAAAGCUGAAGAACAUUCUAGAAGGACUGCCUGAGACACAGUUCAGUUCAGAGGACUAUAUGAUGCUCUAUUCAACUAUCUAUACUAUGUGUACUCAAAAGCCCCCUCACGAUUAGGCUCAACAGCUGUAUGACAAAUACAAAGAGUCUUUUGAGGAAUACAUUACAUCAACGGUAUUACCUUCCUUAAGAGAGAAACAUGAUGAGUUUAUGUUGAGGGAGCUUGUGCAAAGGUGGUCAAAUCAUAAAAUUAUGGUCAGGUGGCUUUCUCAAUUUUUCCGUUAUCUUGAUCGCUAUUUUAUUGCUCGGAGGUCGCUUCCAACGCUUAAUGAAGUUGGACUCACAUGCUUCCGUGAUCUAGUCUACCUGGAGUUGAAUGGGAAAGUAAGAGAUGCUGUUAUAUCAUUGAUUGAUCAUGAGCGCGAGGGAGAGCAAAUUGACCGGGCUUUAUUGAAGAAUGUUUUAGAUAUAUUUGUUGAGAUCGGAAUGGGGCAAAUGGAUUAUUAUGAGAAUGACUUUGAAGCGGCUCUGCUCGAAGAUACUGCUGCUUACUAUUCUAGGAAGGCUUCAAACUGGAUCUUGGAAGAUUCUUGUACAGAUUAUAUAUUGAAAGCUGAGGAAUGUUUGAGAAGAGAGAAGGACAGGGUUUCUCAUUAUCUGCAUUCUAGUAGCGAGCUAAAGUUGCUGGAGGUUUGUUCCGAUUCUUGGCCAGAUUAUAUGUUGAAAAAAGUUCAACAUGAGUUGUUGUCCGUCUAUGCAACCCAAGUGCUUGAAAAAGCGCACUCUGGAUGUCACGCAUUGCUUAGAGAUGACAAGGUGGAUGACUUGUCAAGGAUGUAUAGGCUCUUUUCUAAACUACCUCGAGGUUUAGAACCUGUUUCUAGUACAUUUAAGCAGCAUGUUACAGCCGAAGGUACAACAUUGGUUAAACAAGCUGAAGAUGCAGCAAGCAACAAAAAGGCAGAUAAAAAGGAUGUGGUUGGUUUGCAGGAACAGGUUUUCGUUAGAAAAGUAAUUGAGCUACAUGACAAGUACCUGACAUACGUAAAUGACUGUUUUAUGAAUCAUACCCUUUUCCACGAGGCACUCAAGGAGGCUUUUGAAGUCUUCUGCAACAAGGGUGUUGCUGGAAGUUCGAGUUCAGAACUACUAGCUACAUUUUGUGAUAAUAUUCUUAAAAAAGGUGGAAGUGAGAAAUUGAGUGAUGAAGCCAUUGAGGAGACACUUGAGAAGGUUGUGAAGCUGCUUGCCUACAUAUGCGAUAAAGAUCUUUUUGCUGAAUUCUAUAGAAAAAAACUUGCUCGGCGGUUACUCUGGGACAAGAGUGCCAACGAUGAGCAUGAGAGAAGCAUUCUGACAAAGUUGAAGCAGCAAUGUGGUGGUCAGCUCACUUCAAAGAUGGAGGGCAUGGUCACAGAUCUGACAUUGGCACGAGAAAAUCAAUCGAACUUCGAGGAAUAUCUCAGCAAUAAUGCCAAUGCGAAUCCCGGGAUUGACUUGACUGUUACUGUCCUGACCACUGGAUUUUGGCCUAGUUACAAGUCAUUCGAUCUGAACCUCCCAGAAGAGAUGGUCAAGUGCGUCGAAGUUUUCGAAGAAUUCUAUCAGACAAAAACAAAGCACAGAAAACUUACAUGGAUAUUUUCAUUGGGUAGUUGCAACAUCAACGGAAAAUUCGACACCAAAACUAUUGAGAUGAUUAUGACAACCUACCAGGCUUCUGUUCUUCUGUUAUUCAAUGGAUCGGAUAGACUGAGUUAUCAGGAAAUCGUCACUCAGUUAAACUUAACGGAUGAUGACGUUGUUAGAUUGCUCCAUUCACUGUCAUGUGCCAAGUAUAAGAUUCUUAACAAAGAGCCGAACAAUAAAACAAUCUCUCCCACGGAUUACUUUGAGUUUAACUCCAAAUUCACCGACAAGAUGCGAAGGAUCAAGAUUCCACUCCCUCCCGUGGAUGAGAAGAAAAAGGUAAUUGAAGACGUUGACAAGGACAGACGUUAUGCCAUUGAUGCUUGUAUCGUGCGCAUCAUGAAGAGUCGCAAAGUUCUGGGCCACCAACAGUUGGUUAUGGAGUGCGUCGAGCAGUUGAGUCGGAUGUUCAAGCCUGAUUUUAAAGCAAUCAAGAAGAGGAUUGAAUAUCUAAUCACCCGAGACUAUCUAGAAAGAGACAAGGACAAUCCGAACAUGUUUAGGUAUUUGGCAUGAUUUGGCAAGCUGAUAACCCAGAUGAAUUUGUUACUGCAAUGCUACCAGGCAAUUAGCUCGCUCAAAAAAUCUUACGACGGUGGAAGCCCGAGCACAAAGCACCAAUUAUUCCGUCGUGGGAGCUUUUGAUAAUUUGUAUAUUUUGCCCUCAAGUCAGGUGAGGAUUAUUACUCAUUAAAUUAGGUCAAAUUGUAGGGCUUGAAGUCCGAUUUUCAAUAGUACAGUCCCAUUCAUGAAAUUCCAACCACAUGGUCUUGAAAUCCCAACCACAUGGUCUUGAAAUUCCAAUCACAUUCAAAAGUGAGGUGUGGUCAUGAAAAAAUCUCUUAAUCCGAGUUUGCCUACUUGUGGGGAAAUCAUUACCCACUCGCUAGAACCUUAUAGCAUGUUUUUAAUUGGUAGGGACGACCCGAUUAAAUUUCAUUUGAGUCGUUUAGAGUCAACUUACUCUCCUUCUUUGUCUUGGAAUGACUAAUUUACCCGACUUAGUUUUGGGACUUGAGUAAGAAUCCGGUUUGCAUUCUUUUUCGUUCAUGAUUCAGGUCCUAUGGAUCCGGGUCGUGACAUUUUCGUUCUUGAUUCAGGUCCGGGUUGUGACAGAAGUUUGAAUAUAUAGGUUUACGUAAAAAAAAAUUAUUUAUUUUAUUUUUAUAUGUAGAGAGAGCUUCGGGUAAGUGCAGAGAAAAAAAUUAUUAAAUUAUUUCUCAUUUUGUAAUAUAUAUAUUUUUCCUUUCCUAAAGAUUGUAUAACCGAUAGAUUGGUCAAUAGGUUACAUGACCAAGCAAUUUGGACCGUCCAAUCGUCGACGGGGCUGAUUGGUUUAUUGUAACGCAUGGCCCUUGGGGUCAAGGUUCAUUCUCGCUUGAGGUGAGCCCAUUCUGGUGUGCCAAAAAGUUAGAAGAGCAAGUCUAGAAUUUGAAAAAGAGAGAGAUUUCGGUGAAACGCCGACAAAGCUUCUAGCGAUCAAAUUUAGAAUCCAACGAGGUUUCAAUAAAGUUUUUGAAACUAGAUUUCGAUGAGGUUCCGAUGAAGAUUCUAACAAUCAAACUUGGAUUCUGGCGAUCGGAAUGAAAAUUCCGUCCAAGACAAAAUUAAGAAUACCAAAUUGGUUUUAUUUUCAACUUAUAUUUUUAUAUUCAUAGUUUUCAUUAUACGUAGUAUAUUAUUUAUUCAAAAGUUAUUUUCAAAGGAAAAGUUCUUUAAAAUUAUUUAAAAUUGGAAAUUAUGUUUUGAGUUUAAAUUUAAAUUUCUCAAAUUAAAUUUUAUUAUGAAUAUAAUGUGAAGAUAUGAGUACAUGAGUUGGCAGGAGUUGUAUUAAUAUGAUGUCAUUUUUUUUUUCUCUAUUUAUUUAUUUAUUUAUUUUCUUUUUCAUUCAUUUAUUUAUUUUUUUUUUUCAAUUUUCAAUAUUUCUCCUAUAAGUUUAUUUACUCCACCAACCUAUCAUUUAAAGAAUGUUGGGUGGAGAAAAAUCAAUUUAUUCUUUAGGAGUCAUGCAUCAUUUAUGGCCAAACUCAUUGAAUGGUACCCCAUUUUACCUUUCUAAACCAUGUUAUAUGUUGAAAAUAUGUACUUACACAUUAAAUUUCUAUUUUAUUUAUGAGUUAAAUGCUCUGACA